GGCAUUUACAUAUUUGAAAUUUUAUACAUGACGUUUACCUCCAUAAAAUAUCAUGCAUUUACAGAAAAAGAAUUUCAAGGACUAGUCUACUGUGAUUAUUGUGGAAAGCUAUUGUGGGGAUCAGCAAUACAAACUGUUCAAUGCACAGAAUGCGGAUACAAUUGCCAUAGCACUUGUAGUGAUAUGGUAGUCCAGUGUAGACCUUUGAGGCGUUAUAGUCCAGAUUCACUUUCUUUCACGGAUUCCGAAGUUGAAUCCGUUUCGAAACAUUCGUAUAGCAAUUAUUAUGGAGGCAGGAGUUCUUUCGACCGAUAUAAUUCAGCUGACGAAACGAACAGUUUACACAGUGCCACUAGCGGUAGUGGUGUGGUGAAUCGCAAAUAUAGAACCUUUUCAACGGAAACUCCUCCUCCUGCACUACAUACUAGAACGUCUUCUUAUACCAAUAAUUGUAAAAGUGAAGAACCACUCAAAUCACCUACAAUUUCAAGCACGACAAGCACAGGAUAUUAUAAUUUGAUAGGCAACAGCAACAAUAAUUAUUACGUUAAUCAGCAGCAGCAGCAACCAUUUUUAGGGAGAAACGAUAGCGGCAGUGUCAAUGGCAAAAAGCCGUCUUCAGCAUCGUCAUCAACUAUAGUAGUCAAUAAAGCAUAUCGAAUAACGCUGAAACAGCAACUACAAAAGCAACAGCAGAAAUCUUCAGCAUUACGAAGUACUAUGUCUAAUAACAAUAAUAAUAAAGAAGAAGAGAUUUUAAGCCCUCGAGCAACAGCAAAGUUGUUCACAAGAUUAGUAGCAAGAUCAAAGGUCUUCUUCUUUCUGAUGCACUCAAUACGUGACAUUUACAUGUGGAAAAAUAAGCAGAAGUCAACUUUUAUUUGCAUCAUAUGGAUAUGUCUUUGCUUGGAUACUAGAACAUUGUAUAUUAUACCACUCUUGAUCAUUUAUUCUAUUCAUAGCUUUACCGGCAUCAACAGCAAUAAUCCCAGCAAUACAAACAUAGCCCAAGUAUUACUACCUCGAUUUGAUGAGAAUACACCUGAGUAUUACAGAAAUAUGGAACACAUGCAGCACGCCUUUCUCUUUCUCAUUCGACUCUAUGAUAACUUAGCCUAUCAUUUGCAACAUGUCAGCUUGAAUAAAGCCACCUACAGGAUUCUAUUCUUAUCCAGUUUGUUCAUAUCGUGCUUAUUUGCUUAUCUAGGCCGAUGGCUUAUACUGACGAUAGGGCUUGUAAUCAUGCUGAAUCAGACUUGCAUUGGCAGACUGUUCGAAUUGGUUUUUAUACAGUUUUUAAUGAUGGGGUUGUUACAGUUUAUAUUCGGCUUAAUGCAAAAAAUUCAGCGAAAGCGCUUACUUAGAGCAACCGUAACAGUUGACAUUAAAAACAGAAAGACAGCGGAAACAAAUAACAAUAGCAUUCAGAGAAGACCAAUGGAAGUAUCGCUCUACGAAAAUCAAAGAUGGUGGGCAGGUGUAGGCUAUACAUCGCAGCUAUUGCGUUUAGAACGGUCAGCUUGGUCAAACAUUACAGGUACAGAACCCUUACCUACAAAAGAAGACAUGCCUCCGCCGACUAACUACGAAUGGGAUCAUAAUGAUAAUGGAUGGCAGUUGGAUACAACGGGGCCUUGGAUAGAUGAAGCACUGGAAAUAGUGGUAAGUUUUUUUUUUAAUCUUUGGAAAACUUUUUUCUGGAGAAGUGAGAUAUUGGCGUAGCCUGUCAAAAAUAAGCUGUACUGAAACAUUUGUUAAAUAUGGCAGGAAUUGAUAGAGUGUGAUGAACAGGGAUGGGUAUAUACAGACCACCAUUGGUCAAAUCCUAGAGGCAGCCCUGAUCUGAGCACAGGUCGAGCAGUUAACGAUAUAACGAAAACUCUGACACGGCGAAGAAGGUGGUUUAGGAAGGCUAUACCGCUAUUAACGACACCUGCUGAAUUAACAGCAAACGGGUUCACAAAAUAGUUAGCAACUAAAUACUUAACGUAAUCUUACGCUUUACAAUUUUUCCUUUUCUUUAAUUUUCCAUUCCUUAUUCAUACUCCCUUUGAUAGAUACCAUCUUUGAAGCUAAUAAAGCUGAA